UGGAAGGGAUUGUACCUGUAGAACUAAGUCUGUGCCUUGUAGAUUUGAUUUCAAAGAAGUAUUUCACAUUAGAAGAGCUCAAUAGUGAAAUACAGAGCUUUCCUUUUAAAUUCUCUGAUAAGACAAACUGUCCCCAGAAAAUUCCUUCAACUUUUCGAAAGACUGGAACUGUAGGUGGUAAUGGCCACGAAAAUUAGAGUCUUGUGCGUUACCUUCCCCUUAUCAUCGGCCACCGUGUUCCAGAAGGAGAUCAAACAUGGGAAAUAGUCCUUGAACUGAAAGACUUGGUUGAGCUCUUGGCAACUCCAUCUUACAUUUUAGACUCACUUUGUUAUUUGCAGUCCAAAAUAUCGGAUCAUAGACAGUUACUACUGACAGUUUUCCCAGAUUACAAGUUAUGCCCCAAACAUCACUUCAUUGAGCAUUAUCCAUGCCUAAUUCAAAGGUUUGGACCCUUAAUAGAGUGUUGGACAAUCAGGUUUGAGGCUAAACAUUCUUUCUUUAAAAAGGUAGUGCGUGAUGCCAAUAACUUUAAAAACAUUCUGCUUACCCUGGCCUCAAGACACCAAUUUAUGCUUGCAUAUUAUCUUGAAAUGCCUAGCAAUUUCAAGCCUGAGACUGAGACGGCAAAAGUGACUGAUGUCUGCCUGGAAGUCUUAGAUGGUGGUGUUAGACUAGCAAUCUUGAAUAGAUUCAGUGAUGUUGACACAGUUGGACUGACCCCUAGUAUCUUCUUAAAUGGAACGCAGUAUUCAAAGGGAAUGAUACUCUCUGUUGGAAGUACAAGUGGACUACCAGACUUCGGAAGGAUUUUGGAAAUAUGCAUUGUGCUGGCUGGUCAUGUUUGUUUCAUCAUUGAGCGUUUUACGACUUUCUACGUGGAGCAUUUGAGGAGUUACCAUCUCGUGAAAAAAAGCCCUGCUGAGUGUCUCUUGGUGAAACCAGAGGAUCUCAAUGACUACAUGCCACUUGUGUCAUACUUCAUCCAGGGGCGCCACUCCCAGAACUUUCUUGCUUUCUUGAAUUAAGGUUGCGGUAAGUUUGAGUGUGCGGGUAUCUGUUGUCCGACAAGUCGUCACUGUUAUCCUGCAUAAUUAACCCUCUUGCAAUGUUUCCAAAUCUCUCUAGCAGCAAUCCAGGUGUUGGAUGUCCUGCAAAAUAACAUCUAACAGCCUGAUCCAAAAUAAUUAACCCUCUUGUGUUUUACAAAUCUUUCUAGGAGUAACCAUUAUUUUUGUAUGUAUACAGGGGAUGAAACCUUUUUCCUUCUCCAAUUUCAGGUUGAAGUGAUCCACGAUGCUGCUGCGAGUUGUCCUCUGUGAAACGGAUAUCAGACGCCUUUCCAUCGAAAACACCCCCCAGAGUGUUGAGGAACUGUGCGAGGUGUUGCGUGCAAACCUUUACCUGAGAGGUGGAUUUAUUUUACAAUUUGAGGACCCUGCGUUCAAGGAUCAGCUGACCAACCUGACCGACAUCCGAGACCUUCCUGAGGAACGAGCAACAUUGAAAGUGUUGUUCACAGCUGAUGCAGCUCUCUCAGUUUCCACAUUGUAUACAGCCAGCCUUCCAUCUCUCAGUAGUGGGGAAUCUGACUCCCAGCAAUGGCCUGAGCCCUUCCCGAUUCCACAGUUCUCACAUGACGUUGAACUCACGCUGCAAGAAGCAAAUAGAAGAUAUGCAAAAGAUGGAUCUGUGAUGGUGAUUCCUAAAGGUAUGAAAACCGAUAUCCUGGACACACUUGCAGACAGCAUGUCAAAGAUUAGUCCUUAUCCUGAGAGGCAACACUACGAGAAUGUUGCAAACGCGCUUGUGGAGAAGCAUCAAAGUCUCAAAGAGCCAGGUUCUGGAAAGGGUUGGUACGGCUGGUUCCACAGCCUGAAGUUUAAGCUCGGAAACUAUCGGCAGAAGUUAAGUGCAGCUGGAUGCCCAGAGGUGAGAGUCAACAAAAGAAUAGGAGAAGAUGCCAAGGGAUCACGUGUGAAGAAGUCAAAGAAGGGCGAGGUCCACUACUGUCCAGAUCCCCCUGAAGGACUGAGUGCUGAAGACAUGGAAGGGAAGCAGAGGAUGAUUGAGGUGGAAAUGCUGAAAAAGGACCUGGAUCAUCAACAGAUAGAGGAGCUGAUGUCUGCCACAUUCUCCAAGCGCAGAAAGGAGAUCGUAGGGGAUCAACCUCUCAUCGGGGAUGUCAUGACCAGAUGGCCAGCCAUGUUCUGUGAGAGACAGGUUCGGGCGGAGUUCAAAAGAAUCGUAAGCACAGACCUUCUUGAGUCAUUCCUCAAUGGACUUGAUGACCUGGUACCAAGACUGCUUGAAGUGUACGAAGCUGUGACCAAGUCGGGGAAGAAGCCUGCACUGAAAGCCAUUUUAGACUGUGUGAAGAAAGAUUUGAGUAGACGAACUGAGAAUUCUAAAAUUGGGCACCAGGUGUUAUGUUUGCAAUAA